AUGCUUGGAGGCGCAGGCUCGAGGCUACCCACCGUGGUGCUUGUCGUUGCAGGGGUUUCUACCGUUAUUGCUGUUUUGGUUUCAGCAAUGUCUAUAUAUCUUCAGUUGAAAAAUUACAGAAGGCCUGUUCUGCAGAGGAUGGUUGUACGAAUCAUGAUCAUGGUGCCAAUCUAUGGCGUUUCUUCAUUCAUAUCGCUCUUUUCGCUUGAGGCGGCCGUAUUUAUUGACGCUGUGAGGGAUAUAUACGAGGCCUUUGUCAUCUAUUGCUUUUUCCAAUUACUACUCUCAUAUUUGGGUGGGGAGCGUUCGCUUCUAAUCCUACUUCACGGACGACCGCCAAGGGCGCCGCCCUUUCCUAUCAAUUUCUUCAAGCAGGAGCUGGAUGUCAGCGAUCCUCACACGUUUCUGUUCCUCAAACGGGGAAUUCUGCAGUACGUACAGGUCAAGCCGGCCCUUGCCCUUGCUACUGUGAUUCUCAAGGCAUGUGGGGCUUUCAACGAAGGCGACCUCCGUGCCAACUCUGGAUAUCUCUACGUCAGUAUCAUCUACAACAUCAGCAUUUGCCUGAGCUUGUAUUGUCUCGCCAUGUUUUGGAUAGUGGUCAAUAAUGACCUGAAGCCUUUCCGCCCCGUCCCAAAGUUCCUUUGCGUAAAGGGAAUCCUAUUCUUCUCCUUCUGGCAGUCCAUACUCAUCUCGAUCUUGGUGGCGACUGGUGUCAUUACCAAGUUAGGUCCUUACACCGACAGCGAAAGCAUUUCGUUGGGUCUCACUGACACCCUCAUAUGCAUGGAGAUGCCUUUUUUCGCUAUUGCUCACAUGUUCGCGUUCUCCUAUACCGAUUUCAUCAACAAGGACAAGUCAUUUGUCGCUCGCAUGAAGGUAUCAUACGCUUUUCGCGACGCGUUCAGUUCUCUCGACGUCAUCGAAGAUUCAAAGGCGACCCUGCGUGGUGAAGGAAUGGAGUAUCGCGAGUUUGAACCCUCAGAAGGUUUCAUGCACCAGGGUGCUGGGCGAGACAAGCGCAUACGGGCGGGACUGAGAUAUAGCAAAGGCGGGAAACGUAAGUACUGGCUUCCCAAGACUGCUCCCGAGAACCUACAUCCGGGGCGCUUUGAACGGGGGGUUAAUCGUGUCAUUACGCGCGUGGCGGGAGCAGAUGAAGGAGAGAGCAUACACGCACCGCUGUUACAGGGGGACGCUAAUGACGUGAUCCACGACGCGUCGGAUUUGGAGGAGGAGCAUGAUUACGACCUGUGGGAUCAGCAGCCACAUGCAGAGGAUGACUAUGAGUUGGCAUUUGGUGACCUCGACGAAGCUGAUGAAGAACUGUUCGAUCAUAGUCGGAAAUAUCUCUUUGGAGAUUACAAUUAUCCUGUUAUCGACGCAAGCUCCGAGGAUGCGCGUGCCGCCAUAUGGGAUUUGGAGGAGCGGGUGUUAAGAGACGAACGAGGAGCGUGGUUUUCGCCUAUUCGAGGAGCGAAAGGACGAGUUGUUAUGGAUCGGCGGGACGGACCUACAUGGCGCGGAUACGGAGCCGUUGGCACGACCAAACAGAAGAGGACGGAAUCCUAUAGCGAUGCAAAGAUUAUCGACUUAGAGCAAGAUGUGGUUCCAGAGGUUAUGGAUGUCAAGAAGAGAUGGUCAAAGAAAAACGAUGCGUCAACAUCUUCUUCGCCUGGGCCGUCGUCUGCGGAGAGCAGCAGUGCCCCCGGGAGGCGGUCGCGGCUAUCAUCGUUAUUGGCCAAGAGUCCACCACAGACCCGUGAAUCGUCUCCAUUACCGUCAGAUGCUGUUGAUUUGAUUGUGGAAGACAAGGAGGCGAUGCGGGAGCGUCGGAAGGGUGAACCUGCGAUUCGCUCGCCUCUCCGCAGGGUCUACAGGCGGGGGGUUGUCAAGCAUGAUGGUGAGGGGGGAUGGACCGAGGGAGAGCUGGCGGUGGAAGAGCGGGAUGGUGAUUCGCAGGAACCGGAUAAUCGUAUACGUGCCGGGGAGGUGGUACUUCGUGAGGUUGGGGACGAAGGAGACCGGGCCCGGGAGGUUUCGUUGCAGGAAGAGACGUUUUCGCCUGUGGUUGAAGCAGAAGGUGUAAUCGCUAGGGCUGAAACUCCCCCGCCUCAUACACGAUUGUUGAUAGACCAUUUGGACGAUGAUAAUCCGUGGGCCUGA